ACAUCCACUUUUAGCACAGACAAAACGAGAGGCCGUACGAUAGCGUACGUGCAUUCGAGUGCUGGUUAUUUUUUUUUUUUCUCAACUCAAAGCUACGUGAUCACACCGAGUUACACCUAAUCAGCUGUCUCAUUGUCACAAUAAGAAGGUGUGAGUGCGAGGGAAAAGAGUGAAUAAUUUGCGAGCGUAAAGUUGAAAAUCAUCGAUAGGCGGUGAAUCUCCUGGAGGCAAUGACUCGUUUCUGUGCAACAAACUCGUGGAGAAUGAUAUAAAUCCCACGCAGUCAAUCUACCAUUUUCAUCAGAUGAAAAAUGAUAAUUGUGACAAUAGAGUUGUGCAGUAAUUGACAGCGCCAUUUAAUGAACAUCGUUAUUUUCGAGAUAUAGUGAAAAAUAUCAAGGACAAAGGUUGGAAGGAUAAUUGACGAGGUCGUACUUGUCGUUGGAGAAUACGAGAAUACCACGUUAUCACAAUCGAUUUACGUAGUUGGUUAGCCAACAGUUUUGUGCAACCCAGUGUUUUAAGGAGGGAGAGGGAAAAUAGUGAGAUACGAUAGCAGAAGGAAAACAGGGAGUGAAUUUUUGCGGGGGAGAACAGCUUCCUUUGACCUUGACGAUUUAUAGAAAUGACUGAAUUUCGAACGUGAUCGACGAUUUUAUUUUAGCUUCAUCGAGUAAACAAGGUCGAGCCCCUGGAAUUUUUUAAAUUGUGUGAUUCAUGUCAAAGAAUAAUCUCUGAAGAUGAGCUCUGUUUGGAAGAGAUUGCAGAGGGUGAAUAAACGAGCUGCCAAGUUCCAGUUUACAGUUUCUUAUCAUGAGCUCACGCUUGAAACGACUUCCAAGUGGAAACCUAAUAAGCUGAGUGUAGUAUGGACGAGAAGAAGCAGAAGAGUGAGUUCAGAGCCUCUCGAGUGGGAGCCAUGUCUGAGCGAUCCUCUAAUUGGCAUUGUCAGCUGGCCAGUCCCCGACAAUCACACUGUCUCUGUCACUCUCUUCAAAGACCCCAGAACCCACGAAUUGGAAGACAAGGAUUGGACAUUUGUCGUCGAAGAUGUCUCACCAACUGGCAAAAGACGUCACGUCGCUGCCACAAAUAUCAACAUGAAAAAAUAUGCAACUCUCGAGUCUAGUCAACAGCAAUUGAAAUUGGAUUUAAAACCAACAUCGAAGAAAAUCGUUCGAUCAACGAUAGAGUGCACUUUGUCCUGCGUUUUUCUACGUGAAGGGAAAGCAACGGAUGAAGAUAUGCAGUCCAUGGCGAGUUUAAUGUCAGUAAACAACAACAGUGACAUAGCUCCCCUCGAUGAUUUCGACAACGAAGACAUACCUGAGGAUGUUGAGGAGGUUUCCCUGAAGAAUUUGGACGAAAUUCUAGACAUAUCAACGCAGAUAGACCUGAUGACAAGUAGUUUAACUGAGAGUGAGAUUGCCAGUACCCCAAUAAGUAUCGCAAGCCUCGCGAAAGACGAGACAAUGACCCCAACAAACAUCGAGACACGAAUACCUCGAGGCUUGAGUGGAAAUGCCAUUUCCGAUCACCUGCACGAGAUGUCCCCAAUAAAAAGUGAUAUUGCAGUUGAGAACGACAAAAAUAUAGCGAUGAGAUCAAAAUUACAGCCCCUCGAUCUGAAGAAAAAUGAAACAGGUGCUCCUAGACUGAGAGAGAUAACACCUGGUCAGGAUCUUCUCGAGUGGUGUAAGGAUGUAACUAGAAAUUAUCCUGGUGUGAGAGUUACCAAUCUGACGACUUCCUGGCGUAAUGGAAUGGCUUUUUGCGCUAUAGUCCAUUAUUUCAGGCCUGAUCUUAUCGACAUUGAGUCGCUGCUGCCUCACGAUGUGAAAGGAAAUUGUAAAAAGGCUUUCGAUGCUGGAGAGGCACUUGGCAUACCGAGGGUAAUUGAGCCAGCUGAUAUGGAUAUAUUAACGGUACCAGAUAAACUUGCAGUUAUGACUUAUUUAUAUCAAUUGAGAGCACACUUCACUGGACACGAAUUGGAAGUUCAUCAAAUUGGAAAAACUACAGAUGAAUCGUCAUACAUGAUCGGUAGAUUCAACACUGACAACAAUUCCGACGUGAGUGUGCAAUUGUUCGGACAGGAAAUCAUAAACAUGAGGAAGAAAGAGCAGUUGGAACAGAGGGGGCACAAGACAGACAGCAACAGAAGGUCAAAUCCCUUUGAUUAUAAAAGAGAAGAGUCUUGUGCGGAUUCUCUGAAGCACAAAUUGCACUUGAGUCUGAGCGCAGAGAGCCAGGACCAUGAGCUGGGGAAAGACAAAUCUCCGACGAGUGUCAAGGAUGUCAAGGACAUCAUCUUGGCGAGCUCAAAGAGUAUCCUUGGGAAAGUUCUGUCACCGUCGAAGGAGAAGUACUUGUCGAGGGAGAAGAGCAAGUCUCCACCUCGGACAUUGCACAUGCCCCAACAACGCCCCAUUCUCAUGACUAGGAGGCAAUUAACAGAUCCUUUUGGCUCGGAUGAUGAAGAGGACAAUAUCCAGGUGGUUGAUGAUAAGUUAUCACAGAGUAUUUCUAUUGGGAAAUCACCGAUAUCUCCGAGAGAUGAGUUGAUUGACCGUGGCAUACGGGCGAGUUCAGAAGGCCGUGGAACAAUGUCACCGUCCCACGGGGACUCACGCUCUCAACACCCAUUAGUAACGCGUCACGACGAGCUCCGUGAACGUGCGAGACAGCUCCUGGAGCAAGCGAGAAGCCAGACAAAGACGCCAAACGUAUCAUCACCGGUAUCAAGUCCAGUAGAGGCACAGAAUGAAGAGGACAGACAGGCACAGCUGCGAGAGAGGGCCCGCAGACUGAUAGCAGAAGCUAGAAUGGGAGUUGUUGUGACCCCCAGUCAAUUAAUGGAUGAUAACAAUAGUGACAGACGUUCUAUUGAUGAUCAGAACAAUAGCCCAAGGAGAAGUAUGACUCCGUCCACACCUGGAGAUCGUUUGAGUAUUAAGUCUGAGUACAAUGGAAAUGUCCUUGCGAAUGCGAGUGCCGCGGAUGUUGACAAGAAAACGAAUUCCCCAUUAUAUUCGUUCUCGAAAAUCCUCGAACGAAUUUCCCCGGAGAAAAGCCCUGAGAGGAGUCCCCACACUAUCAGAGGAUUAGGUAAGGACAUGACUUCCUAUAUUCAGAAUGAACUGGAGGCACUCGAGAGGGAGCAGAGUCAAAUAGACGUGCAAGCCGCCAAACUCGAAAAACAAUUACGAGCGGCCAUGGAGAGUGACAAUGAAGAAGACACCGAACGUCUCAUGUCUCUCUGGUUCACUCUCGUCAAUAAGAAAAAUGCACUACUGAGGAGGCAGAUGCAGUUGAAUAUUCUGGAGAAGGAGGACGAUCUGGAGAGACGAUUUGAAUUAUUGAAUAGGGAGCUGCGGAGUAUACUUGCGGUGGAGGAGUGGCAGAAGACUGCUGAACAGAAGGUCAGAGAAAAUUUACUCCUAGAGGAGCUGGUUUCUAUUGUUAAUAAGAGGGAUGAGCUGGUGCAUCAUUUGGAUACACAAGAGAGAGCGAUUGAAGAUGACGAUGAAAUCGAAAGAGACUUGUCCCGGGCUGGACUAGCUCAGCGAAAUAAAAAUUGCGUUAUUCAAUGAAUAAAUUGCUUGUAAUUUGAGCUUCAAUGCUGGAAAGAAGUUCACGCUGCUGUGGAGUUGCCAAAGAACAAAUUGAACAUUGUGUUUAUAGAGCGGUACGUUGAAAUGCCUCGUUUAGUUACCUUGUUCAGUUAUUUUCACUUGGAGAUAAAAAUAGUUAAUUUAGGUAUAUUAAAAUUAAAUGGAGCAAAGCUCGUUAAUGAACAAAUGGCGAAUGAGUUCUGUUAGAAGGACGAAUCUUUUUUAUUACGUGAUGAUUAUGAGUUUGAAGCUCUCUUUUGCUCAUGAAUUUAGGGUGUAUUUUCAUUAAAGUUAUACUAGUGGUAGUUCGUUGUACCAUUCGUAUUGGGAGUUUUUCGUGAUUCGGGGGAAUAUUGUUCAUUAGAUAUCGAAUCAUCCUCGUCGAUUGAUUAUACUCACAAAUGUGCCAUAGGAGCAUUUCGGUGCAAUUUUUUUGGUUCGUGAAAGAUAUCAAAUUCACUGACACGAAUUUAUAUUUCAUUGCUCAUUUCACUCGUUCAAGGCUACAAGUGUUUUUGUACUCAAUUAACUGUGUUUUGAAACGAAAGAUGACUGUUUACAUUAUUUAGGUUCAUCUCAGAAUUAUAAUCACAUCGAUGUGACUGUGAAUUCAACCAAUAUCUAUUAUUCAUUUGCAAAUUUAAUGCGCACGUUUUUAUGCAUAAUGAAGAUUCUAAAAAUAAUAUUUAAAGAACAAGUCGUGUGCUCGAGAUUUUUUUAAUUCGCGUUGACGAAAAUUAAUCGAGGAGUAUCUUUUUGAAUCAGAAUGAAAAAAUUAAUUGCCAAAACAAUUUUCUGUGAAUGUUGUUAAUUGAUUUUAAGGUAUGUAAGAUCUUCAGUUUCAUCGGAUAAACUGAAGAAUAAUUACUUAACAUUGUUUAAAAAAUUCGCUAAUUGUUUUUUGUUUGAAGAGACAUUUUCACUGGUAACUCAAUCCACUAAAGAUAAAAAAAGCUUUAACAAUAAUAUAAAUAAAUGAUAUUUAAUGCGUGAUGCUUAUUGUCCUAAAAUGGCAAGAAUAAAUCGUCCACAUGAUGUAAAUACAUGCAAGCGAAAGAAAAUUCACAUUAUCGAAUUUAUCGUUUUCAUUAUACGAAUUAUUUAAGAAUUUCAUCUCUGUAAACGCCACUCUCGCCUCCUCAUUAUGGUUCUAUUUAUCAUUUACAGUAGACCUUAUGAAUUUCGUAAGUAGUGAAUUUUUAAUUUGAAGAAAUCAAUAAAGUCAUUGAAUUCAAAUGAAUCAUAAAAAACCUCUACUCCUCGUGUUGAAAUUCCAUAAUUUCACGCAUACCUCGAAUUGAGGGCAGUGCGAGUGAUUCCGUGAGACCAUCAAAUGAAAAAUAUUCCCAUUACGAAACAAACAGACAACAGACAUGAUAAGUGACUUGACAUUUUUUUAUUACUCCUGUACAUAUACAAAUGGUGAUCUAUCGGAUUAGACAAUUGACACGUGAGUGUCUCUUUGGAAGGCUCGAUGGAAUUAUAAAAA